AUGGGCGAAGGAGAAUGGAAGGUGGUUGGGCGUCGACGGCGAGGAAGACGGGAAGAUGACAACGCCUCGGAGGUCAUGGUUGCCAAGGGAAAAUCUGUCGCGAUGGCCAACAGCAUGGUGGAUGUGACUCUGGGUGUUGUCAAUGCCGAGGCAGCUGGCGAUGCCGGGGGAACACCUGAGGGAAUGCCCGACGUAGAGGUGGAGGAGCGGCUGGUUCUCAUCCGUCAAGUACUUGGCCGGGCUUUAUGUGAAGGCCGGGAGUCUGGCUCUCUAUUGGUGAAGGGGCUGGCUAAAGUCGCUGAAUCGUCUACACCGGAACAAGUGUUUGGCUGCGGCCCAGGGGGCGUGCUUCCGACAUCGUCAAACAAGGGUGGACGCCGUAUCGACGUUGGCGGGACUGCGGCGCUACCGAAGGAAGUGCGCAAGUCGUUCGAGGCUCGCCACGUUGAGGCAGACGGCCACUGUCCGUGGAGGGCGAUGGCCAUGAGCUUUUUGGGCUGCGAGUCCCACUGGCGCCGGCUGAAGCUUGUUGUGUUGGCUUAUGCCGCUGUUCGCGUGGAACAGAUCUGUGGACUGGUCCCUGUUAGUCAGUACGACCUCGAAAUCUGGACGGAGCACUCAAAGAUGCAUUCGUGA